UCUGCACUGAAUUCAUCAUGAACUUUUUCCAAAUCCUCACGAAGAAGAAGGAAAUCAUUCCCUUGCUGUUGUUUGUUUCUUCUGGGGGUUGCGGAGCUCUGUUCAUCGCUGUGUACUCCCUUAAGAAGUCCGAUGUGAUCAUUGAUCGAACAAGAAACCCAGAGCCUUGGGAAUAUGUGGAUCCUAAUGUGCCUGCAAAGCUCCUAACAAUUAACCAAGAGUGGAAGCCCAUUGAAGAGUUGCAGAAGGUCCGAAGGGCAACCCGAUGAGCAGCCCUUUCCUCCUCCUCCC